UGUAAGGUGGAUGAUUUUUAAUGUUAAACGAUGUUAGGAUUCCUGCGACAUGUACCGAACUAUAUAUAUAUAUAUAUUUUCGUCCUAAAAAUAAAUAUUAUUUAAACGAGGUGAUCUCAAGCAUUCUCUCUUAUUCGAAAGCUUAUGGUUCAGAUUUUAAACGAACGCGCAAACUCGCACGUCGCCACAUUUCUUUCCUUCUCUUUUACUCACAAAUGCCUCGUGACGCUACGUUUCAUUUGUAUAUAUAUAUAUAUAUAUAUGAAUGUACGCAUGGUUUUCUCCCCCCCCCAUUUCUUUGGAAGUAUAUAUGUGUUUGAUUACGUGGGAUGAACCGGCAUUUAUAGCAGAGGGGCCAAUGGCUCGUGAUCAUUUCGGACAAGUGCAUACAGAAAAAGAGGAAAGUUCGUUUAGUUUUCUUACCUCAGUGUAUGUGUUUGUGUGUGUGUGUGCUUUGGUAUCACGCAAUAGUAGUAGUGUUACAACCUAAAGAAGACUUUUCUAUCUUACAAUAAGUGCAUUUGGAUUUCAUCAGCUUUUUUAUAGAAUAAAAUAAAAUAAUACUUUAAUAAAUUCUUAAACUUUGAAUAAUAUGUUUAUUUGUAUUUGAAAUAUCGCAUCCACCCCUUUGAAUACUUCGAGUUAAAUGCACCACCCUGUUGCUACUGCUGUUACUGUGUGGUUGCAGAAUAAAAAUUAAAUAAUUAUUAUUUAAUAUAUAGUAUUAUACAGUUUUUCUUUUUGUUUUGUGAGAAGAGAAAAAUUAAUUCUGAAUCUCUAUAGGAUGGCAGUGGAAAACAAUUCUACAGGCCCAAGAAGGCAUGGGUCCUCCCCACUCUUUCCAAUCCGAUAUUUAAUGGCCAUGCUUGGAUCAAUCGGUUUGGCUAUUAUAUAUGGUUUUAAAGUAAACGUCAGUGUGGCUAUCGUAGCUAUGGUGAACCAUACAGCCAUACGAAAUUUAGCGAUACACGAUGAAUUCAUUCAUGAAAAUGGAAGUUUAACAACAACGGAAGUUUGUCAGGAUGAUGAAAUCUCAAACAUAACGGUAUCUUCUGCCGAGGAUGGUCCUUUUGUAUGGAACGAACCACUCCAAGGUCUUAUUUUAUCCGCAUAUUUUUGGGGCUAUAUGGUAUCUUUGUUACCAGGUGGUAGAAUGUCAGAAUUGUUAUCCGCUAAAUGGGUGAUGAAUGGAUCAGUAUUGUUGAACGUUGUGGCAUCGAUAUUAUCACCUGUUGCAGCUGAGAUACAUUACUCGUUAUUUAUUGUAAUGAGAUUCAUUCAAGGUCUCGGUGGGGGUGUAACGUUUCCGGCUAUGCACGUGAUGAUUGCCAAAUGGGCACCACCGAAUGAACGAAGCGUUCUCGCAUCAAUUGUUUAUGCUGGCACUGCUCUGGGUACCGUGAUAUCCAUUUUAUUAUCAGGAAUAUUGGCUGCAAAUCUUGGUUGGGUAUGGAUCUUCUAUAUAGAAGGUGCAUUAUGUUUAAUUUGGUGUACCGCUUGGUGGCUGAUAAUCCAAGAUUCUCCGGAAGAACAAACGAAAUUUAUAACCGAGGAGGAAAAGAAUUAUAUCAUGGAAUCUUUGGGUCAUACUAAAAAUAUUGCCGGUCACAAAGAAAAAUUAAAAGUACCAUGGGGACAAAUUUUAAGAUCAACACCAUUUUGGGCAAUAUUGAUAGCACACUUUUGUAGCAAUUUUGGUUGGUAUAUGUUGCUCAUUGAAUUACCAACUUAUAUGAGUCAGAUAUUAAAAUUCAAUAUGAGUUCGAAUGCCGGAUUAUCAGCAAUGCCAUUUUUAUGUAUGUGGAUUUUUACUAUGACUCUUAGUAAAGUAUUGGCUAUCAUGCAAGACAAGAAUUUAAUAACAGUGACCUUUUCAAGAAAGAUAGGAACACUAUUCUCAUCAUUCGUUCCAAUGAUUUGUCUGAUAGGAGUAUCUUAUGUCGGAUGUAAUCGUGCUUUAGCAGUAGUACUGAUGACUAUUGGAGUAACAUGUAUAGGUGGAAUGUAUUGCGGUUUCUUAUCUAAUCACAUAGAUAUCGCACCAAACUUUGCCGGUACGUUAGUAGCUGUAACUAAUUGCAUAGCUACUAUACCAGGAUUUAUUGUUCCUAUAUUUGUUGGUAAAUUGACCCAUGGAAACCAAACAAUAGAAGCAUGGCGAAUUAUAUUCUUUGUAACCGUGGCUCUUUAUAUAAUUGAGAUACUCGUUUAUAGUACUUUUGGAUCGGGUGAAGAACAACCAUGGAAUAAAGUGAAUUCAUCGUUAGAGGAAAUUAAUGAUCAAACUUUACCUCUUAGAAAAAAUGUUAAAAAAUAAUUUAUAUAUUAUUAUAAUCGAGCCCGUUGAUUUUGAAAAUUUGUGUCAA